AUGCAGCAAACAAGCCUCACCACGUUGUUCCUCGAUUCAACAACUGUUGUUGGGCUGCACUCGUCGUCAUUGGAAGGACAAACAGGUUUUUCUGUUUAUAAUGGUGAUCGUAAUGAUCAAGACAGGACAGAAUAUCUGAACAAUAUUGUUGCUUGCAAUGAAUAUUUUAUGAAAUUAAAGGAAAAGAUGAUGAAAUCUAAAAUACGAAAGACAAAAUCAUUUUCAAUGAGUUUGAAUUGUCACAAUGUAAUUUUAGUGUCGGACACGCUUAAUGAUAGAAUUAAAGUUUUUAACGCAACAACCAAACAAUUUGUAACAAGUAUUCAUGCACCAUCAACAAAGCCAUGGUUUUUGUGUGUACAGGAAAAAUAUAAUGGUUCUGAUUAUGAUGCUCUGAUAUUUGACUGUACAGGAGACAAACGUGCGUACAAGUAUGACUUGCAUGGCUUAUUAUUGUACUACACAAAUUUAGGGGACAAUAGUCAGAAUCAUGAUCAACAAGAAUAUCCGUUCAUUUGGAAAUCUACUGAAUUUCUUUCUCCACAAGGAAUUGCAAUUUUUGACUCUAAAAAGGAAGUGUAUAUUUGUGACAAAUUUGAAAGCAUAAGCGUGUUAGACGCGGCUACAGGAUUAUUGAAACACAAAAUUAAUCUUGGUGUUGGAUUGAGUGGCAUUUUCUUUACCAACGAUGAACACCUCUUGUUGACGGAAUGGAUUUUUUUCAACACGAAACAUGGGUUUUCCAUGUAUUCCAUUUCACCACCAGAGAGAUGUUCAUCGAACGGCCAACCCAGCAAUCACACAGAAGAUUGGGAACCAGUUUUUGAAUUGAAACAAACAGGAACCAUGAGUGGAGAGUUUUCUUACCCUUCAACCAUUAUUUUCGACAAUACCUCGAAACACAUCAUUUUGGGGGACUUUGGAAAUAAUAGAAUUCAAUUUUUUGAUAUCGAUGGCAACUUUGUAACUUCCUUUGGUGAAAUGGGAGGCUCUGCUUCACAGUUACAUCACCCAGAAGGAAUGUGUCUUAAUGAAGAAACUGGUGAAUUGCUUGUUGUGGAUCAGUACAAUCACAGAAUUCAAAUUUAUCGAUAA